GGUAGCGCACAAGCCAGGAAACUUCUCAGAGACCUAGAGCUCCACUCUGGAUCUUGGUAGCCAGGUCCAGGCACUUCAAUUAACUUCCAGAAGAUGGCGGACCCUCCAGGACCACCAGAGUGAGAAACUGAUGUCUGACAACAGAGUGAGAGUUCAAAUAUUCUUUGUAGCAGACACUGUGAAUGAAGCACUUGAGGUUGCCAGGAGACUAAAAGCCCAGAUCUUAGCUGGAGGAAAAGGAAAGGGUGUCUUCAAUUGUGGUUUGAAAGGAGGUAUUCACUUAACAAAAGAACCUGAAGUUGUGGGAAAGCUGGCUAAACGAUUGGGUAUGUUUGGGGCAAUAAACCAAACUCCAAAAGAAGAUGUGAAAGUUAAUAAACUGAUGGUUACUGAAACCUUGGACACUUCCAGAAAAACUUACCUGGUGAUUCUGAUGGACAGGUCUUGAAAUGGCCCCAUGCUGGUGGGCAGGCCCCAGGUCACUGACAUUGAAGAGGUGGUUGCUUCAAAUUCAGAAUUUUUUUUUAAGGAGCAAAUUUUUCAAGGGAUAAAGGGCAGCCGAGUUCAGUAGCAGAUAGCAGAAAAUCGAGGCUUCCUUGGGUCUUUGAAAAACCAGGUUGCAGAUCAAAUUAAGAAACUGUAUAAUCUCUUGCUAAAAAUUGAUGCUACUCAGGUGAUAGUGAAUCCCUCUGGUGAAAUUUGAGAAAGACAAGUUGUCUGCUUUAAUGCCAACGUAAACUGUCAUGACAAUGCAGGAUUCUGACAACAGGACAUAUCUGCUAUGGAUAACAAAUCAGAGAAUGAGCCUGAUAUGCUCACUGAAUAUGAAGUUGCCAGACAUGAUCUAAAAUACAUAGGAAUGGAUGGGAACAUUAUCUGCUUUGUGAAUGGUGCUGGAUUAACCAUGGCUACUUGUGAUACCAUUUUCUGUAAUAGCGGGAAGCCAGUCAACUUCUUGGAACUUGAAAGUGUUGUAAAGGAAGCUCAAGUAUAUCAAGCAUUCACAUUGCUCACAGCUGAUCCUAAGGUUGAAGUCAUCCUUGUCAGUAUUUUUGGUGGUGUCGUCCACUGUGCUAUCGUUGCCAAUGGGAUCACCAAAGCCUUCCAGGCAUUAGACUUAAAGGUUCUGGAAGGAACCAGUGUUCAAGAGGCCCAGAACAUACUCAACAAUAGUCCAACAGUGAACUCCCCAUUAUAUUAG